AUGUUUGCAACUAAGGCUGUGCGAUACUUCCCGUCGGCUGUGCGUGCGGAAGCCACCCAAUUCUUGCGUACGAAACGCUCGACAAAUAUAGCGGGUCUUGAGAUUCACCCCGACCCGUUGCCGGAGCUCGAGUCGACCUAUACCCAGACCCUGCGAGUGCUCAAGACCAUGCCUGAGUCUGCUGUGUUUCGGCAAUCAUCUGAGGCAGUUACUCAGCAGCGUCUCGACAUUGUGAAAGCGGCCAUGAGCGAGACUUCCAGGAAGAAUGCUUAUGCGUCAGAGGCAGCGAUCGACCAAGUGGUUGCGCAGCUGGACUCGGGUCUAAUCGAGGAAAUCGUCGAUCAGGCGCAAGAUGAAUUGCACUUAGCUGCUAAGAUGAUCGAUUGGAAGCCGUACGUAUAUCUCAUUGAAUCUAACGUGUCGCCGCAGCUAUGA